AUGUCACUAGCAAGGACCAUGUUCCAGGAAGAAAGGUUAAACAGAAAUAUGGACAUUCAACCGGAUAUUGUAGUUGACAUAUCCAGAAAGGGAGACUAUCUUACUUCGGGCAACUCGGACAUUUACGUCUUUGGUACUGAGGUGGUAAAGGAGCUCGAGGAAUAUGCGCACUAUCCUUACCCUCGCAAACUCUUGGGUUUCAAAGUAAACAAGUUUGUAGAAAACGGCAAAGAGACCAAUUUACCAAAGAAUAUCGAGAACGUAGAGGCCAUCCUUGUCUAUUUCUAUAGACACUGGACUGCACCUAUACUGCUGAAGGUAAUUGUAUCUGGAGAGGAAAACGAUGGAUUCCGAAAACAUUUCUACAUCAAAGAUAUCAACGAUGAGUGGAAAUAUCAAUCGUAUGAUAGUGACACUAAUCCAUAUUCAAAGGUCUAUGAGAUCAUUGAUCGCAUUAAAAGACUAUAG